AUGACCGAGCUGCCGCCGCCACCGUCGAUGCCACGGCUACCUGCCGAGAUUGUGGCCUACAUCAUCGAGCUGGCCAUCCUCACGUGUUCGCCCUGCCCGCGAACUGCCGUCCUUCCCGCAUGCUCGUCUGAAGCAGCCAAAAAGAGCGUAUCGCCGUUGUUGCCCUCGCCGUUCAACACACCUCUGCGCUCGUCCUACACGUCGGCGUGGAGCUGGACGGGCGAGCUGCUGUACGUGUCGAGAUUCGUCCACUCGAUCGCGCGGCCCCUCCUCCUGCGCACGCUGACGCUCGACACGGAACGCGCUGUUCGGUCGUUCUUUCACUCGGUAGACGAACGAGACGCGACGUGGGGGGAGAAGGCGAAGCGGGCGUGGUUUGGCAACGUCUCGGUCCUGGCACGGGACGGAGUGCUGUUCGAUCCACUCGCGUUGCGGCUGGACGAGGCUGCGUGGUACGAAGAGUGUUCGGGCGGGUUCGUUGUAGGUCAUGCGUAUGCAUCCCGGGAGAAGGAAAAAGGGAGGGAGAGGAGAGGCAAGGAACGGCCGAGGCAGUAUCGGAGUGUCAGUGUGUAUUGGGCGGAAGAGGAGUUGGUGGAGGAGGUGAGUGAUCCGGACCGAUCCAGCGGGUCUAGUGAAGAAGAGAGCGAUGGCACGGACAGCGAGGGUCAGACACAAGAGACAAACGGAUAUGCACAAUCUUUACCGCUAUCCUCGACAUAUUUUGGCCAGCAGCAGCAUCAGGAGCAUCAGGACAUAGGAGAAGGAGUAUCACAAAGACGCUCGUCUCAUCAAGAAGGCAGUCCUGCAAGAAGCUCGAGGAGGGAUGCAAGGAUGGACAAACUGUACGAACCGACUUGGCAGGCGAUCUACUCUCGUCGACGCAGACCGUCUCCGUUGAGAAGGGCUCAGGAAGCUGCGUCGUCGUCUGGCGGGGCGAGCAGUCCCAUCGGACCUUCAGAGGGGGAUCUCGAUCCGUGGGAUAUGCAGGAUGCUCAAGAACGGCUAACAGCUCUUGCCAACGCCAUUGAAUCCAGCACAGACACCCAUGAAGCCGAUCACGACACGGCCGAAUCCAACGCAGCCUCUCCUGUGGAAACAGCAAGUACACCACCGAUCGCCGAACCCCUCGACCCUUUCACUGCCCCAGCUCGCGCCCCCCUCCAUCGCAACCGCGAAAUAUACGCGUACCAUCUGUGCACAGCAACGCUCGAAGCGUGGAUCAACCCGCACCUCGCCUCGAUCCGCACGCUGCGCCUCAUCACGCUCACGUUCUACCCGGGCCACCUGCUGGACGACGACAAGCUGGAACACAUGCUGCGGCGCAUCCUGUCGCCCUCCGAGUGUCCGCGGCUGCAGACGCUGCUGAUCCGGAUCGUGUUUGAUGCGGCGAGUGCGGGCAGCAGGAUGCGACGGUUCGAGCGGACAAAGACGAUAGCAGGUGCGGCGGAUCGUAUCGGCGACGAGCGGGUGCGUGUGAUGCUGGUGCACAACCGUGCGGGCGAGGGCGAGCUGGUGGUUUCGGGAAACGGGGACGAGGGGGCUUGGAGCGCGGGCAGCCGCAAAGCGAUCGGACUGACAAAGGAAGGGUGGUGGUCGAGGGUGCUGCAGCGAAACCACCACCAGGCCCUGGGGGAGGACGGGGGGAGAGAGGCGCAAGAGCGACGGGAUGCUGUGAGUGGUGAUGCGAGCAAGCAAGAGGUGCAAGCGAUCGAUGAGAGGCAAGAGCAGGAGAGGAGGCUGUCAGACUGGAGCAUGUUCUUCCCGCCCAGCCAGCAUGCGAAUCCGACGCAACUCGUUAAUCUGCUGCACCAUUGCGAUCCGUGGCCCGAUUGUCCCAAUCCUGUAACUUAG